AUGGCACUCUACAAAAACAACAGUCAUAUGGUUGAACCACCAUCACCCCUCCCAUAUACCAUACAGAAUCUCCACACGGGGCAAAACUACAUCAGGGAUGGCACAACCAUAAUCCCAUGCCAGUCAACAAUAGAUCCCCUCUCCCUCCCACCUGGUCAAGAAGUCACCAAAGUCCUAUACAAACAGAUAAAUAGGCUGGUUCUGCAAUUGGACAUUUCCUGGGAGACAAAAGAAUUAUCCGGCGUGCUCCCCACUGAAGCUGAAGCAAUGCGACUCGUCUUCAACAAUACCGGCGUCCCUGUUCCAGAAGUGCUCUUCGCGAGCUUCCAUCUUGUCAAUGAGAUCGCCGAUACACAACAAUGCGAUAAACGCGACUCCACCCCCAGAUGGUCUAAUCGGGAUGACCAUCACGACAUCGCCAAAUUAUCCAUCCGCACGAUCCCCCGUCCACAAAACGACACCGACGUGCGCGUCCGUAUCUACAAGCGGUACCUGCACUUUGGAGGGCUUCGUUACAAGGACCAGCUGCCAGAUAUGCUGCCGCUGUCUGAGCGCUCUGUCUUCACGCAUGCGGAUAUUGCGCCCCGCAAUGUGAUGGUAGAUGAGGAGAACCGCGUUACUGGGCUGUUGGACUGGGAGUGGGCGGGCUGGUAUCCUGACUACUGGGAGUAUGCGCAGAUUAUGAGACCCGCGUUUAAGGGGGAUUGCUCCGAGUGGAUGGAGAGGACGGCGCCUCAGCGAUGGGAUUUACGGGGGAUUUACGCGGCUAGGAAGGUCUUGUUUUGA